CGAAGAAGAGAGCUCAAUCAAUCCGAUCAGAAACAAUAGCAUUUAAAUGCUUUACUACAGCACUAGCAUGGCCAUGGAAGCUAUUUCCUUCUUCUCCCCUUUCUUCUUCAUCACCCUCUUCCUCGGCUUCUUCGUAACUUUACUGAUAAAGAGAUCAAGGAGCAGAGUGCAUAAGCAACAAGCACAGGUAGUAGCUCCUCUCCCACCCGGCCCGCCGAAGCUUCCCCUCAUUGGAAACAUCCACCAGCUCGUCGGUGGCAACCCUCACCGUAUCCUCCGCCAACUCGCCCGAACUCUCGGCCCCCUCAUCUGUCUCCGACUCGGACAGGUUGACCUAGUCGUCGCCUCGUCCGUGGAGGUUGUGGAAGAGAUCAUCAAGCGCCAUGAUCUCAAAUUUGCUAAUAGACCCACCAACUUGACCUUCUCCAAAAUAUUGACCUACGGCGGUCGUGGAGCCGUCAUGUCCCCCUAUGGUGGCUAUUGGAAGCAGAUUAGGAAGAUCUACGCCAUGGAGCUGCUCAACUCCCGGCGCGUCAAGUCCUUCGCCACCUUCCGCGAGGUUGCCGUCCGUAAGCUCACGGCGGAGAUCGCCAGCAAGGCGUCUGCUAAAACACCAGCCAAUCUAAGCCAGCUGGUGAUGUCCAUGACUAAUGAGCUAGCAAUCAGAGCCGCGUUUGGUGACAAGUGCAAACAGCAGGGGGAAUUCUUGCACCUGGUCGAGGAGGCAGUAAGCUGUGUGACCAGCUUCGCGGUGGCUGAUAUGUACCCCUCGCUCAAAUUCCUUGAUACUCUCACAGGAUUGAAGUUCAAGUUAGAGCGAGUUGGUGGGAAGUUCGACAAAGUCUUCGACGAAAUCAUCGCACAGCGUCAAGUCGCACUGGCCGCCGACCAAGCAGAGGAUGAUCUAAUCAUCGAUGUACUUCUCAAACUUAAAGAUGAAGGAAAUCAAGAAUUCCCAAUCACAUCCAACUGUGUCAAGGCCAUCAUCAUGGAAAUAUUCCUGGCAGGGACGGAAACAUCAUCGACGGUUAUUGGAUGGGCUAUGUCAGAGCUUAUAAAAAACCCCAAGGCAAUGGAGAAAGUCCAGAAGGAGGUGAGGGAGGCUAUGCAAGGGAAGACCAAGCUCGAAGAGAGUGACAUCCCCAAAUUCAGUUAUCUAAAUUUGGUGAUCAAGGAGACACUACGACUCCACGCUCCUACGCCUCUGUUGCUGCCUAGAGUAUGCACAGAGACGUGCGAGGUUAUGGGCUAUCGAGUGCCCGCCGGAGCUCGGUUGCUCAUCAAUGCAUUUUCACUGGGCAGAGAUGAGCGGUACUGGGGCUCUGAUGCGGAGAGCUUCAAGCCAGAGAGAUUUGAAGGCAGCUCAGUGGACUUCAGGGGCUUCAACUUUGAGUUCAUUCCAUUUGGUACAGGGCGAAGGAUCUGCCCCGGCAUGACAUUUGGGUUGUUGUCCGUGGAAGUCGCACUGGCUCACCUCCUCUUCCACUUCGACUGGAAGCUUCCUCAGGGCAUGAAGAUCGAAGAUUUGGACAUGAUGGAGAUUUCUGGGACAAGUGCACCAAGGAGAUCACCUCUCCUCGUGCUUGCCGAGCCAGUAAUUCCUCUGCCAUAGUCACUUUAUCUCCAAAUAUGAUAUUACAGACGUUUUAUAUAGUCUUUUAUAUAAAAUAAGGAAAACAUACAUGUCGAAUGUUAAAUAAAGUAAUUAAACUCCUCAGCCAGUGGUACAUGUACAAAUCAAUAAGUAGAGAAAAGAAGCAAUAUAAAGUUUU